AUGGCUACAGUAAAUUUAAAAAAUCAGCAAAAUAAUAAACGAAUACUAUUAUUGUUGAUAUUAUUUACUUCAUUACAUUUGGUUAUGCCAAUAAGAAAUUUUGUGCAACUUAAAUAUCAUCCUGAUGAACUUAACGAAGAUAAUGUUAUAAAUGAAUUGCAUCAAAUGGAUCAUUUGCUAAAACGAUCGGGUGAGAAAAAUUGGGAAGAAAUUGAUCCAAAUUGUGGAAUUUAUCGACAUCAAUCACUUCAUGCUAUUAUGGAUCGAGUUUGUGAACUCUGUCAUGAAAUGUUUUCCUAUGAAGAGAGCAGUCUACGAGCUGAAUGUCGAAAGAAUUGCUUCCGCAAUAGAAAAUUUCGUACAUGCCUAGAAAUCUUUUCACCUGCAGCAAAUGGCGUUGAAAAUUAA